AUUGGAUUCACUGCCUGACUUGAAGGUUAAUCCAAACCAGUCUGAGCCUAAACCCUUCCUCUCUCUCCGAUUGUGCUGAUGACAGCCUAGAUGUGACGUCAAGGCUGAUCCUGACGAGUGCGUGGCAGUCUGUGGGCGCGCGCCCUCAGGGUUUCGGGCUGAACCAGCAGAGGAAAACAUCUGGACCAUAAAGAAGUUUAAGAUGUCUGUCCGCGCUGAGCUGCUGGGCCGUGUCUCUUUCUGCAAGCUGCUCAGAAAGGAGGAAUAACCGGGUCACUGGGAGCUGUUACUCCUCCGCAGAUUCUCGGUGGAGGAAAAAAAAAAAAAAACGUGCUACCGAAGUUCUGCCGGUUCUUCACCAUGGACCAGUCCAUCGCAAUUCAGGAAACUUUGGCGAAAGAAGAAAACUGCAUUGUAGCUGCACAAUGUGAAAUCCUGCUUGAAGAUUUUUCAGAAAGCAGAUUGCUGGGACUGGUAGAGUGCUCCAAAGAGCAUGCCAUCUUCAUUUACAGCCAUCGUAGAAUGGCCAUAACAGCUGACGAUGUGUCACUUGAAGACAUUGUACCCAUCUCCCUGGACUUUGCUGUUGUUGAAGUUUCUUCAGCCGAACAGCUUGUGGUUGUGGGCGCCGACACCAGAGUGAGAAUGAGCUACAAGGAUGAAGAGCUAGAGCUCACGCUUCCUUUUGGGUCCCAAUCGCGCCUCUUCCUCUGUGAAGUCAACAAGGCGUGGAGCGAUGUUUGCAGGUCCCCCGCACAGGUUCCCAAGUUUGAGUGGAUCAACAAGUACAAGAAGGCUAUCAAAAGCCAGGAAUCUGUGAAGCAAUUCAUUGCACCCCUGGAGGAGUUUUCCAAUAAAGUCAACCAGCACCAGGAAAUGGAGAAAGUGUCGGACAAAAAGGGAUCUUUAGAAAAGGUGAAGACUUCUAACAGUGUCACACCAAAGCCCAAAGGGAAUUCCAGCCAAGAGAACCAGAGUCGAGAGGAACGGGAUGACCUGGUUCGCUCGUCCAGCCAUACUACAUCAAACAAAGCUCAGAUUCUGGCCAUGCCGCAGUUCGGGCUGCGCGACAAUCUUAUCAAGUGUGAGCUGCUGAAAAAUGAAGACCUGUACACUUAUCUGGAGAAUUUCAGCUUUUUUCUCGGCACCUACAAUGUGAACGGACAGACGCCGAAGGAAAGCCUCCGUCCAUGGCUGAGCUGCACUCUCAAACCUCCUGACAUUUACUGUUUGGGUUUCCAGGAACUGGAUCUCAGUAAAGAGGCCUUUUUCUUUAAUGACACCCCCAAAGAGCUGGAGUGGACAAAGGCUGUGUCUGACGCUUUGCAUGCAGAAGCCCAGUACGCCUUGGUGAAGUUGGUUCGUCUCGUUGGCAUCAUGCUGAUCUUCUAUGUGAAGAAGGAGCACGCAGAGUUCAUCUCUGAUGUGGAGACGGAUUAUGUGGGCACAGGCAUAAUGGGAAGGAUGGGAAAUAAAGGGGCGGUGGCAAUCCGUUUUCGCUUCCACAACUCUGACAUCUGCGUUGUCAACUCCCACCUUGCUGCACACGUUGAAGAAUACGAGAGGCGUAAUCAGGACUUCAAGGACAUUUGCAGUCGUCUCCAGUUUCGGCAGCUCGAUCCUACGCAGCCGCCGCUCACUAUCAUGAAGCACGAUGUUGUUUUAUGGAUCGGUGACCUCAACUACAGAAUCAGUGAUCUGGACGUGGACAAAGUGAAAGAUCUGAUCACCAAGAAUGAUUUUGAGACGCUUCACUCAUACGACCAGCUUAAGAGGCAGAUCGAUGAGGAAGCCGUGUUUGUUGGGUUUGAGGAAGGAGAAAUUGAUUUCCAGCCCACCUACAAAUAUGACACGGGCUCUGAUAAAUGGGAUACAAGUGAAAAAUGUCGCAUCCCUGCAUGGUGUGACCGUAUCUUGUGGAAAGGGAAGAACAUCCAGCAGGAACAUUACCAGAGCCAUAUGGCAGUAAGGACCAGUGACCACAAGCCUGUCAGCUCCUUGUUCAUCAUCGGGAUCAAGAGAGUAAAUAGUGAAGCCUACAAGAAGACUUUUGAAGAGAUAGUACGCAAUAUAGACAAAAUGGAGAAUGAAUGUAUUCCAUCUUUAAGCUUGUCCAAGAGAGAGUUCCACUUUAAGGAUGUGAAGUACAUGCAACACCAGGCAGAGGCCUUGAGUCUUUUCAAUGAUGGGCAGGUCCCGUGUCAGUUUGAGUUUAUCCAGAAGCCGAAUGAGUCCACAUACUCUAAGCCCUGGCUCACAGCCAACCCGUCCAAAGGCUUCAUUCCUCAGGGUGGUUCCAUGGUCAUUGAGCUGGAGGUUUUUGUAAAUCGCUCCACAGCACCAGAUCUAAACUGUGGUAAGCAGGAGAUUGAAGAUAUUCUGGUACUACACCUAGAGCGAGGCAAAGACUAUUUCAUCUCCGUUACUGGAAACUAUUUGCCAAGCUGCUUCGGUACUUCGAUCUAUUCGCUAUGUCACAUGAGGGAACCUGUUCAAGACAUGCCCAUACAGACCCUUCUUAAGCUGGCUGAAAUGUCUCCAGAUGAUGAUUCAUCCACCGCUGAGAAGCCUCUUGACAUUCCGAAAGAACUUUGGAUGAUGGUGGAUCAUUUAUUCCGCAAUGCUGUCAAUCAGGAAGAUUUAUUUCAGCAACCUGGACUUCGAACGGAAUUUGAGGAAAUAAGAGAUUGUCUGGAUUCAGGGAUGCCAGACUCGCUUCCGGGUAGCAACCAUUCAGUGGCAGAAGCCCUUCUUCUCUUCUUAGAUGCCCUACCAGAGCCUGUGAUUCCCUUCUCUUUUUAUCAACAGUGCCUUGAAUGCUGCUCUAGUGGGGCCCAGUGUGAGAAAAUUGUUUCCAUGCUACCUCAGUGCCAUAAAAAUGUGUUCAGCUAUUUAGCUGCCUUCCUUCGUGAGCUCCUGAAAAAUUCUGCAAGCAAUGGAUUAGAUGUUUCUAUUUUGGUCACCAUUUUCGCCUCCUUGCUCCUGAAGUCGCCUAAGAAGCAGGACUUAGCAGAAAAGACGAAAACCCAGGAGUUCUUUCAGCAUUUCCUGAACUAACAUUCCUUCUCUACACAAAAUUAAUCUAUUUUGCUGAAGUGGAACACUAAAAAAAGUCCAGUAUUUGAAAUUAACUGUAAUGAUUUGAACAUUUGUGUAUAGAAAAAUAGUGUAUUUACAUUAAAGAGGCUAUGAUAUUAAUUUCAAACAAUUUUGUGAUCCAAUUGUCAUGAUUAUUGUAGAUGUUUUAAAUGUAUAUUUUAUUUAAAGA